AUGGUCGCUUUUCUCAAUCUUGAAGGGAUUCUCUGCGCCUUGGCCAUUUGCACAGUGACUCGUGGAUAUGGCCUACCAACUCCGGUCUCCGGUCGCAAUGUAUGGAGUCUCGUCGGACAUUCUAUAGAGGUUACUCCGACUCCGGUCUUCCGUCACAAUGUACCGAGCUCGAUGGGACAUUCUGGACAGCCCACUCCUACUCCAGUCUCCGGCAAUGUACCGAGUCUCGUGGGACAUUCUAGAUGGCCCAUUGCAAUCGAUAAUCUUUUUCGUCGCGAACGCCACGGUUUCUGCGAUGACAUGUGCGCGCUCACCGUUGACAUGGACUCGCUAUCAGUGAAAAUUGAUUUUGAAAACCACUGUUCUAGUUUCCUGGCCACCACUGUUGGGCUCACUACGGCGUUUGCAACAUCUACUACAACCUUUACAAUCUUCAACAACAACGAGAACCACUUCCCUCGAGCCAGAACCAUGACCAAAUCGAUACAUUCAGGCAUAGAUGGAAGCUUCACGAUUGCCGCAACAGAUAUUCCAACCAACAUCCCGCUCGAAUGGCCGGCUUGCGCAGACCGCCAGUACACCGACCAGCAUCCAAUAUUCACGAAGCAGUUCAAGUCAACGCAAACCUUCCUCGAAACAGUCACAACGAAAUUGCCCUUCCAGCUGAAGGGCCAAUUCGGCAACCUUACCACGGUAUACCUUCAACCAUUCAUCGACGAGUUUAGACCGACGUUGAGUGAAGCAAUCAUAGCCAUAGGUUUCAGCCGGACUGGCGAUAAUGCGGCAAUCUUUAGCCUGACUCUAGACAAGCACCUGAGCUCGGGGAACGGGGUUUUGGGAUGGCUGAAGGGGAACGCUUGGAACGGAGUGAUUGAGAGGAAGGUCACGUUCAUUGAAGAGGCUUACGCUCAAGAAGUAAAGAUUAUUUUCCCGGAAUUUCAUAUUAAAGCGGAAAGUAAAGGCGGCAAGUGGUACUACAAAGUGUUGGAUGAGAAAGAGGAAUUUGUGUUCUGGGCAGUGAGGAUUCCAAGUUAUAACGAGACAAUCCCGGACGAGAACUUUUUGAUGGUGCAGAAGCCUUAUAUGAUGAAGGAAAUGGCAGAAGAGUUUGAUAUGAAGUAUGAGGAGCUGCAGCUUUUUGCUGAGCCUGUUCCUUAA